GAUUUGGAGUCGCUGGCUGUGCUGCACUGUAGGCCGAUUGUGAAGACGAGUCUUGGCGAGGAGAAUGUCUCCCAGCAAGAAUCCCAGACUUCUCUUCCCUCAUCAACUUUCCGGCUCGACCUCACUCCGGCUGAAGUGGCCGACCGACAGAAAGUGGUCUUGCCCUUUAGGGCUAUCGCCAACGCUGAUUCAAGUAAUGAUGAAUGCAAAAUCGACUACGAUCCGGAUGUGUACGAUGAUUUUGACGAUGAGGACCCAGAUGAUGAUCUGGAUAUAUAA